UGAGAAUGGCGUGCCUCCUGUUAACACGAUUUCUUUCCAUAUUCAAUUUUAUUCACAAAUAAUAAAAAAAAUGUGAAGGCUCCGCUGCUUUACCAACAUUCUUUAAUCCGUCAAAAAAAAAAGAAUUCUUUAAUCCGUCCGUUGCUUAAUGCUUUUGCUUCUUUUCUAAAGCUGCAAGUCUUCUUUGGCUGUCGAAUUGUUCAAACCGCCCACUUUCUCAUUUCUCAAUCUCAUUUUAGUCCACCACUCCUCUCUCUCUAUCCAUCUCUAGAAUCUUUUAUUCUGCGAUCCUUCAUUCCUUUUCUUAAUUCUUGUUAAACAUUUAAAUUAGCUGUAAAUAAGAACAUGGCUGCAAACAGAUUUGCAACGAUGUUGCACAGAAACACCAACAAAAUCACACUGAUUCUCAUCUACGCAGUGCUGGAAUGGAUUCUGAUCUUCCUCCUCCUCCUGAACUCCCUCUUCUCCUAUAUGAUCAUCAAAUUCGCGGAGUUUUUCGGGCUCAAGCCGCCGUGCUUGUGGUGCACGAGAAUCGAUCAUGUUCUCGAUCCCGCGAAAGGGGGUAGGAACAUGCACCGGGAUCUUCUCUGCGAAGCCCACUGCAAGGAGAUUUCGAGGCUGGGUUACUGUUCGAAUCAUCGGAAGCUGGUGGAAUCCGAGGCUAUGUGUGAGGAUUGCUUGUCCUCGCGCCCCGAGGUUGAGGGAUCGGCGAAGAAUUUGGCGGUGUUUCCAUGGGUGAAAGGGUUUGGGGUAAUGCAGAAAAGUGUGGAAACGGUAGGUGAGAAUUGUGGGGUGAGUUUGAACUGUUCCUGUUGUGGUGUGUGUUUGGAUGAUGGUGGUAAAUAUUCUUCUUAUGUUCUGCUCAAGACCUCGUCUUUGGAUGAUUUGGAGAGUGCCCAGAGAGAGAAUUUGAUUAUUGAUGAUGAUCGAGUUCGAGAAGUGUUUGAUGAUUCUACUGAGAAGAUUCUGGAUUCUGCUGCUGAUUUUGGUGGCGUUGAGAAGGUUGAGAAUAUUGGGGAUUUGGAAGCAAAUGAAGAUGAUGAAAAAGAGGCUGGAUGUGUUUCUGAGAAUUUUGACGAGGCAAAAUUUUUGGAAAUAGGAGAGGAUGUGGUGUUGGAGGUGGAGAGAGAAAGGGAAACUGUGGAGGAAGAGAAAUCGGUUUUAAUUAUGAAGGAUAAGUCUGUGCAGGUGUGUGUUGAAGAAGAUGAGAUUCCACCUCAGCAUCUGGAGUUUUUCCUGGAUUACAGUGGUCACACAUUGGUUCCGAUUGAAUUGAUCGAUUCGAUGACGGAUGAGCAUCAGGGUGAGGAGGAUGACGGGAUUGAAGGUGAUGAUGAUGGCAAUGAUCAAGCUCGGGUUGAUGAGAGAGAGCCAUUGGUUUUGGGGGGUGAGAGCAGACAGGAGAAGAAGGCUGAUGCAUUUCUUGAUGUUGAUAUCAAUGAGGAACCUACAUACACGAUGCUUGAGGUCAUGGAAAUGGAAGAGGAUGAAAACUCUCUUGUGUUUCAUGCGAAAGACUCUCAUUUUGAGACAACGUUUCCACUGGCACGGUGGCCUUCUGUGGAGGUGAAUGAUGAUCAAGAAAUGGCUGGAGUACCGGUUGAGGAACAACCAGAUGAUCGUGCAGAUAAUAAUGUAGCAUGUGAGGAGGCUGCUCAGGAAAACAAUGAAAAUGAAGCAGAUGUCUCCAUUGGAACUGAAAUUCCUGACUUGGAUAUAGCAGAUGAGAUGAUUCAAAUUCAAGAUUCUGUUCAUUUGAUUGAAAGCAGUCGAGAAGAUUCUUCAACGAGCUGUGCUGAUCUUUAUGCACUAUACGAUGAUCAUGGUCCUAGGCAAGUUGUGGAGCAGGUUGUGGAGCCAGAAUCGUUAUCCUUUGAGGAUAGGGAGCAUAUGAAGGAGAACGAGCCUUUGUUUCAGUCAGAGGUGAAUGAGACUGAGGAGGAAGAGGAUAAGUUUCCUGAUACACCGACGUCUGUGGAUAGCCUGAACCAGUUGCACAAGAAGUUUUCACAGCUCGAGAAGAGGGAUUCAGGGACUGAAGAGUCAUUGGAUGGGAGUGUGACGAGUGAGUUGGAAGGCGGUGAUGGUGUUGUCACUGUUGAGGGGUUGAAGGCAGCACUGAGAUCAGAACGUAAGGCAUUGCAAUCAUUGUAUGCUGAGUUGGAAGAGGAGCGGAGUGCCUCUGCUGUGGCAGCCAAUCAGACAAUGGCGAUGAUAAACAGACUGCAGGAAGAGAAGGCAGCGAUGCAGAUGGAGGCGCUUCAGUAUCAGAGGAUGAUGGAGGAGCAGUCAGAAUAUGACCAAGAAGCUCUGCAGCUCAUGAAUGAACUUAUGGUGAAGAGAGAGAGGGAGAAGAAGGAGGUGGAGAAGGAGUUGGAAGAGUAUAGGAAGAAGCUAUUCGAGUAUGAGACGAGGGAGAAGGUGAGGAUGUUGAGGAAGAGCAAAAACGGGAGCACGAGGAGUGGAUUCUCAUCGGCUUCUUGUAGCAACGCUGAGGAUAGCGAUGGAUUGUCCAUUGAUCUGAAUCAAGAUGCCAAGGAAGAAGAGGGCUCUUACACCCAUAAAGAAAAAUACGAAAACCAGAGCACGCCUAUCGAUGCAGUCGUCAACUUGGAGCAAUCUUUAGCCGAUUUUGAGGAUGAGAGGAUGUCCAUACUCGAGCAGCUCAAGGUCCUAGAAGAGAAGCUCUUGACAUUGGAUGAUGAGGAUGAGGAUGACGAUGACAUGGAGCAACAUUUUGGGGAGGAAAAUGGCCAUCAUCAUAUCAAUGGUGAAACAAAUGGACAUGCAAAUGGCUUUGCUAAAGAAACAACCAACGGGAGGCCUCAUCAUCAACACAGGAGAAUCGCGGGCCACAAGGGAAAAUCGCUGCUCCCCCUCUUCGAUGCAAUCUGUGAUGAAAACGGAGACGCCAUGCUGAACGGAAACGGAGUGCAUGAUUCCUCUCACGAUGAAUCAGAGUUCGAAAUGGAGAACAAGAAGCUCGCCAUGGAAGAGGAGGUCGACCAUCUCUACGAGAGACUACAAGCCCUCGAGGCAGACAGGGAGUUUCUCAAGCACUGCAUGAGCUCUAUGAAGAAAGGUGACAAGGGUAUGGAUCUCCUCCAAGAAAUCCUGCAGCAUCUGCGAGACCUCCGCAACGUGGAGCUUCGAGCUAGAAGCAUGGGCGACGGCGCGAUAGUAUGAAACAAGACAUCACUAAGUAUCCAUCCAUCUCCACAAAACAUUCUUGGUAAAUCCAAAGCUACAGGCGUUUGAUGCAAGAGAAACAGCUAAUGUGGAGAGGGAAUUGAAGCUCUUGUUUUUUUGGGUAAAAUUUGCAGACAAGGAUUUGAAAUCUGCUGGAGUUUUGAUCCCCUUUGUUUCCUUUGUCAUUUUGUCAUAAUAGACCCAAUUUUAUUGUGGGUAUACAAGUGUCCAUCUACACCCCUUUGUGGGAAAAGGGUGUGAUGAAUGUAUGUGUGUAGUCUAGUGAGCACAAAUAGCUGUCACUUUUGUAUGUGUUUGUGAGUUGACAUUUCAUUAGGCAUUUAGGAGUAGCUUAGUUUCAUUUUUCAUUUUUCAUUUUUUGAAGAGAGAGAGAGAGAGAGGCAAAGAUGGGAAAGAGGGGUAAGUAAUUCCUAUUUCCAAGUCUCAUUAUAUUUGCAUCAUUCUAAAUUAAUCAGAGUUUGUUUAUUUAUUUGGAAGGUCUAGUUGUAAAAUACUUGUACCCAUCUGUAAGUAUAUAAACAAAUGAGUGUGUUUGUCUA